AUGGCCCCACAAAUCACGGCCAGCAGUGGAGCCUUGCCUGAGGUUGGUGGUGUCGCUGAGACGCUGACUGCUUACGAGCGACCAGCCAAGGCAGCCCACACGGAGCAGCCAAAUGCAGGCAGCAUUCGCCCGCACAGCGCUCACUGGAGCAACUUUGGCAAACUCACCUUGGGUGCUGGGUUGUCCCGCUCCGAAGUGCAAGGUAGAUCCCGGUGGCAGCCUGACGAGCCACACUCCGCGCAGCUCAAGCACCGCACGGCGGUCAGACACCCGCUGAGCAUCAGCCGUCGCCGGCAGUGUCCCAACCGCCAGGGACAGCAGCGGCCGAGACGCUCCUUGGUGCUCGGGACUGUGAAAGAGGCCGCAGGUGCACCCCAACAAGCUUCCGCAAAGAAGUGGAUUGGGGCUCCGUCUAUGGAGUUCACCGAGGCCACCGUCGGAGGUGCCCUGGCAGACUGGUGGGCAGACGUGGCCGCAGCGCCCUUGUUCCCUUGCCGCCGCCCUGGCCUCACGGGUACAGCGCGUAAGCUGCGACUUCUCGCCCGCUUGCAUGGAGCCGCGCCAUGA